CAAAUAAUGGAGAAAAUAUUAAUCGAGCCUCAAGACGGACUUGUAGUGUCAUGUUUGUCUAACCUUCUACAAACGAGUGCCGAUCAGGCACUCGCAGGUGGUGAUACAUUCAAAGUUGGAUUAUCAGGAGGAUCUCUCGUAAAAUUAUUGGUACAGAGUUUACCUAACAUUACGACCGAUUGGAGUAAAUGGUACUUCUUUUUCUGCGAUGAAAGAAUCGUUCCCUUUGAUAGCAAUGAUUCAACUUAUGGAGAAUACAAAGCAAAAUUGAUUGGGAAAGUUCCAGUCACAGAGGAUCAAUUUAUAAAAAUUAAUCCUGACCUAUCCGCCGAAGAGGCUGCAAAAGAUUACAUCAAGAAGAUGUCUGUGUUCUUUCCUCCUGAUCGUGUACCAUGUUUCGAUGUACUUCUUUUGGGAUUAGGACCAGAUGGGCACACAUGUUCACUCUUUCCUGGGCAUAAGCUAUUGAACGAAGCAAGCUUAUGGGUCUGCCCUCUUAAUGAUUCUCCUAAGCCACCUCCAUCUCGUAUUACCCUCACUCUUCCUGUGAUAAAUAAUGCAAAAAAAUGUAUAUUUGCCGUUGUCGGAUCCGGCAAGGCCGAAGUUGUUAAGAAAAUCUUGCAAGACAGAGAAAAUUUACCAGCCGGUCGUGUACAGCCACACAAUGGGGAAUUAUAUUGGAUCCUAGAUGAAGAAGCUGCAAAAUUCUUAGACACCGCCUAAACGCAUUUGAUACGUUCAACUAUGACAUUCCACAUUAAUAUCGUGUCCUAAUGUUCCGGGGCUUACUAUUUUCUAUACAUCUGUGCGUCUUACUUAAAAUAAUAUCUAAUACAUAAACGUUUAACAAAUAAAUUUCCGGCAACUUAUUGCUCAAAAGCGAUAUUUGUUUAUUGUAACGGCGUUAGAUAUUAUUCAAAAUAUAUUAGGUUGUUCUCCAAUGCAUUUUUAUAGAUUAAUUUUCCGAUACUUUAUAUCAUUUUCAUUCGUAUUUCUAUACACCAAAUAGAUUUAAUACAGUAAGGUAUU